AUGAAGCACUCACUACUCCCCUCUGUGGUGUUCCUGUGCUUGCUGCUGCUGCUGCUGCCGCCACUGGCCCAGGGAGGGAGGAAGCAAAAGUAUGCUCCGGGGGAAUUGUUACUGGAGGAGUGCUGGGGACAGCCGAAAGCUAAUGACUGUGCCAAGAAGUGUUCUAGAACUUUCAAAUGUGUACACAGAGGCCACACAUGCUGCUGGACCUACUGUGGAAACAUCUGUGCAGAAAUUGGGAAAUUUUUUGAAAGAAAGAAAUGA